AUUCGAGUAUAGGAAUAAUAUAAGUUCAGGUCACCUUGGUGUUGCCUGUCUGUCUGAUGUCUACGUCACAUGCACUCAUUCUGUGAUUGUGCUUCGCAAGCAGCGUACAAAGAGCAUCAUAACUAUGUUGUCACCAGAAAGGUUCAUGUUGGGAAUUAUAAGCAUUGUUAACAUUGUGCUUUGCAUACCCAGAGCCAACGGGUGGAGCGCGAACCAUCAUUGUGGCGGUACGAUUUCGUUUGUGUGACUGCAAGCCGUCGUGCAGCAGCAGCCAUCGCACACGUUUGAUCAAACAGCGGAGAAAAAGCCGCCGUCAUGAGUUUUACUGAGCAAAUCCAGUCGAUGAUGCCUGAAUUGAUCAACGGCAAAACCCACAAACAGCUCGAAGAGGAGUUGGUGGCAAUCCACAAAAUGGCGGGCAUUCAUGUCGUGGACGGGGUCAAGUUUCCGUUUCAUGUGUUAAAGUCGAAUCUCGAGGCCCUGCGGACUUUUGAGGUUCGCGACGAUGACGUGUUCGUCGUCACCUAUCCGCGAUCAGGAACUCACUGGGUGAGUGAAAUACUCAAGUAUAUUCUCCAGGACGGAAGGGGAGAUUUCGAUCGUACUUUCAUUUCUACCGGUUUGGAGCUCACACGGACAGAUGACCCCAAGGAUAUCGAAAGUGCGACCCCCGGAUACAAGAUUUACUCUGCCAUGAAGUCGCCGAGACUCAUGGUUAGCCAUUGCCUGGAACGGUUUCUGCCGCCUCAAGUCUUGACGAAGCAUCCCAAGGUGGUGUACGUAGCCCGAAACCCAAAGGACGUUCUUGUGUCUUGGUACAAGCUGGCGUCAUUUGGGAAUUUUAGUGAACUACUCUGGGCAUUCUGCCUAAGCAAAAUACCAUUCGGAGGUUGGUUCGACCACGUGCUCAGCUACUGGAACCGGCGGGACGAUGAUAAUUUUCUGUUUGUGAAGUACGAAGAUCUCCACAAGGACCUCAGGGGGUCAAUUUACAAACUCGCAAAGCACGUCGGGAAGGAUCUACCUCAUGACGUCAUCGAUGCCAUUAUGGAGCGUGUGACCUUUGACGCAAUGCAGAGGACCUACCAACAGCUGGAGGAAGAGGGUGGGAAGGAAGGGGAACUGAUGGUGCGUUAUAAGGGACGCCCAAUCAUAAGGAAAGGACAAGUCGGCGAUUGGAAGAACAACUUUACGGUGGCAGAUAGCGCCCUCUUCGACAAGAUCUACGCCCUGGGAAUGGAAGGGACCGGCUUGGACUUUGACUUUGAGUACGAUUUUGGUUUUAUCACUGGAGGCCAUAAUACGGUAUUAGCUGCACCACACACUUUUGAUCCAACAGCUCCCAGAUCACAAGCUGCUGUCAUGAGUUUUGGCGAGCAAAUCCAGGCGAUGAUGCCGGACUUGAUCAACGGCAAAACCCACCAACAGCUGGAAGAGGAGUUGGUGGCCCGCGAAAAAAUGAUGGGCAAUCAUGUCGUGGACGGGGUGAAGUUGCCGUUUCAAGCAGUGAAGUCGAAUCUGGAGGCCUUGCAGACUUUUGAGGUACGCGACGAUGACGUGUUCGUCGUCACCUAUCCACGAUCAGGCACUCACUGGGUGAGUGAAAUACUGCAGUAUAUUCUCCAGGACGGGAGGGGAGAUUUCGAUCGUACUUUCAUUACUACCGGUUUGGAAUUCACACGGGCAGAGGAACCCAAGAAUAUCGAAAGUACGACCCCCGGAUACAAGAUAUACGCUGCCAUGAAGUCGCCGAGACUCAUGAUUAGCCACUGCUUGGAACAGUUUCUGCCGCCUCAAGUCUUGACGAAGCAACCUAAGGUUGUGUAUGUAGCCCGAAACCCAAAGGACACCCUCGUGUCUUUGUCCAAGAUGGUGCCGUUCUGGAAUUUCAGUGAGCUGCUCUGGGCUUUUUGCCCCGGCAAAACGACAUUUGGAAGUUGGUUCGACCACGUGCUCAGCUACUGGAAACGGCGAGACGAUAGAAAUUUUCUGUUUGUGAAGUACGAAGAUUUCCACAAGGACCUUAGGGGGUCCAUUUGCAAACUCGCCAAGCAUGUCGGGAAGGAUCUACCUGAUGACGUCAUCGAUUGCAUUACGGAGCGCGUGACCUUUAACGCAAUGCAGAGGACCUACCAACAACUGGAGGACGAGGGUGGGAAGGAAGGGAAAUUGCUAGCUAGUUAUAAGGGAAGAAAAUUCAUAAGGAAAGGACAAGUUGGAGAUUGGAAGAACACCUUUACGGUGGCGGAGAGCGCCCUCUUUGACAAGAUUUACGCCUUGAGAAUGAAAGGGACCGGCUUGGACUUUGACUUUGAGCUUUAAGGCCUCGGGAUAAAGCAAUCUACAACACGCUCCUGAAAUCAGUCUGCUCUUUUCUGUUGGUUUACUAGUUAAUUGUUGUCGUCCAGCUGUGGUAGUAGUUGAAGUGGAGUACUUUUUCCAGUGUCGUAGUGGAAAACAUUUCCAUGACCUAGUUGAAGUGGAGUACUUUUCCAGUGUUGUAGUGGAGAACAUUUCCAUGACCUAGUUGAAGUGGAGUACUUUCCCAAUGUUGUAGUGGAGAACAUUUUCAUGACCUAGUUGGAGUGGAGUACUUUUCCAGUGUUGUUUUAUAGUGGAGAACAUUUCCAUGACCUAGUUGAAGUGGAGUACUUUUCCAGUGUUGUAGUCGAGAACAUUUCCAUGACCUAGCUGGAGCGGAGUACUUUUCCAGUGUUGUA